CUCUUGUUGCGCCGUGCGAUGCAAUUUCGACUGCUCCGGUUAGGGUUGAAUUUCCCAAUCUCUGCAGCUCGCUGUCGCCGUGAUCUUCGCCGGCGGUACCCAAACACCUCUGCGCUUCCCAAGCCCGCCGGUAAACUUCCACGCCGUCACCCAAAUCUUCUUUUAGGUCACCUGCGAAGGGCGAAAGCGGCGGCGACUGUGAGGUUGUUUUUGUCUGCGGCCGCGACGCGCUCUAGAUAGAUAUCUACAGGUAUGGCAGUAUGACUAUCCAUUGAUGAAGCAAUAAGCUACAUACUGAUUUUGAAAUUGAAAUCAAAAUCACAAGGAAAACAUUGUGUUAGAGAGUUCCAGAAGAUAGUACUUUUUUAUUCUCUGUAAACAAAGAUGAUAUAUACUGGGAUUGAUACCUUCUACCUCACUGAAGAGCAGUUGAAGUGUUCACCAUCAAGAAAAGAUGGCAUCCAUGAAGACACAGAAACCACAUUACGGAUUUAUGGGUGUGACCUUAUCCAAGAGAGUGGCAUUCUUCUUAAACUACCACAAGCUGUAAUGGCCACUGGGCAGGUUCUUUUCCAUCGUUUCUACUGCAAGAAGUCCUUUGCUCGCUUCAGCGUUAAGAGGGUUUCUGCGAGUUGUGUAUGGUUAGCAUCAAAGUUGGAGGAGUGCCCCAAGAAAGCAAAGCAUAUUAUUGUUGUCUUCCAUAGAAUGGAAUGUAGAAGGGAAAAUUUGGCAAUAGAGCCUUUUGAUUUCCAGUCUAAGAAAUAUACAGAGUUAAAGAAUGAUUUGGUUAGGACUGAGGGACAUUUGCUGAAAGAAAUGGGUUUUAUUUGCCAUGUUGAACAUCCUCACAAGUUUAUAUCUAACUAUCUAGCAACACUUGAUGCUUCUCCUGAGAUGAGGCAAGAAGCCUGGAAUCUGGCCAACGACAGUUUGCGGACAACCCUUUGUGUGCGUUUCAAGAGCGAAGUGGUAGCAUGUGGUGUUGUAUAUGCUGCAGCCCGCAGGUUCCAGGUCCCCCUUCCUGAAAGCCCACCCUGGUGGGAAGUUUUUGAUGCAGACAAAGCUGGGAUCGAUGAGGUUUGUAGAGUUCUUGCACAUCUCUACAGUCUUCCUAAGGCACAAUGUAUUGCCGUCUAUAAAGAUAAUGAUUCUUUUACUUCAAGAAGUAAAAAUCCAAACCAACAGGCUCAAGUUCACAAGGAGAGUCCACUCAAUGGUGAACCCAAGGAAACAUCUACUCCCAAGUCCGAAGCUCCAACUCCUGAUGGUAGUUUGCCAAAAGAAACGACUGUCAAAGCAGCUCAGGAGAAAAUGGAGGUGAACAAUAGUGAGGGUGACACUAGGAAUGUGCAUGCUGAUGUAGAUACUGGAGGGGAAUCAACAGUAACACCGAAUAUUGAUCAGAAGGUUGAUGUAGAUAGGAACCGUGACAGAGAUAGGGAGAGGACAAGGACCAGAGAACGUGAUAGCAGGGGACGGGAUUCUGAUUAUGAUGGUAGGAGUCGAGACUUGGACCGAGAUAGGGAGAGAGACAAGGAUCUAGAGCGUGAAAGAGAGCGAAGACAUCAUCGCGCCAAGGACAAGGAUAAGGGAUCAGGGCAUUCAGAGAAAUUGAGGCAUCACUCUUCCCGAGAUCGCAGCGAAUACCAUAGUUCUCGCUCCUCUCGUGAGAAAGAUCGAUCUGAGAAAGAUAGGCACAGACACCAUCCAUACAGUUGAGGGAUAGAUGCUUGGUGGAGCCAUAUGCAAACACUAUCACUGGCUUACCAACUGCACAAGUUGAUUGAGAAGCUGUAGCUGUACUUUCAAAGUAUAAUAUUAAAUCUUUGCUGGAUCUGCACCUACUGCGAGCAUCUUUUAAACAGACCAUCUUACAUCUCAACGACCACCUGAAGUAGUUAAUGUAACCUCCCAAGUAAUUUAUUUUACAAAUUGAGGUUGUACAUUAAGUUAGUGCAGCAAUUUGUGUUGCUGGAAAUGCCAACUUUUUUCCCAGCUUUACACAAACGCGAGUGUAAUACUAUGGAAAUACUAUCUCCAUAGACCCUUUUUUAGAAGAUAAAACAAAGAAGCCAGUGUUGUAAACAUUUGAUUGUAUCCGGGAGGUACCGAAGUUUUAGUCUGCAGUUGUGUAGCAAAGUUUUACUUUGUGCA